ACUAGUACUACUACGACGUACCUAAGUCCCUAGUCAAGGACAAGUAGUCAACCAGUGUUUGAGUGUAGUUUAGUAACUACUAAACUAGAAUCUAAACUAGUAAACAAAGAUUAUUAAGAUAAUUAAGAAGACUGUCAAAGCUCAGCCUAAGUUAAAAUAACUUAUAUUCCUGCAUGCAUUCAAUGUUUUUAACACCCUAUUUUACUAGGGCUUUAGCUUUAAUUUCAAAUACAAAAACAACACAAGUAAAUUCACUGAAGCCUACUCUUCUGGUUGUAGAAAAGAUUUUCAGAAGGACAAUAACCAUAACCACGUCAUCAAACUGUAACUACAGCAUUAAAAAAACCAAAAGUCUAUGCCAAGUAAUAGGAAGCAGUAAAGUACCAGUCAGAGGCUAUUCUUACAGCAAGACAUUAUCCAAAGCAGUAAAUAAACAAUCUCUUCAUUGGUCAAGAUAUCAAUAUAAUCUUUACCUGCUUUACCCAAACCUAACCACUCCCAACAUUUUGUUAAGUCCAAACAGAAAUAUGAGUGUAAAAUCUGGAGCUAAAGAUAAUCCCCAAGAGGAGCAGAUAAAUGCACGAUUUCUAGACUGUGCUGCAAAAGGAGAGCUGGAAGAGCUGAAAAAAAUUAUAGGUCUUGUUGACGUUGAUGUAAAAAGUGAAAGAGGAUGGACAGCAUUGAUGUUAGCUGCAAGAAAUGGUCAGACAGCAGUCAUCUCUUUUUUAAUUGAAAAAGGGUGUGAUGUAUAUAGCUUUAAUGCAGCAGGACAGACUGCUUUAGAUAUUGCACACUUUUGGAAUCAUAAAGAUUCGUUGGCACUCUUAUCACAACACCAACAAAACACAGAGUUUAACCAAGUCAGGCAUUAUUACUCACAAAACCCACUAUAUAGAGCAUCAGAUGUGCGCAAAGAUGAAAAACUAUUGGAAGCUGCUCAAAUGAACAAAUCAGCAAAAUUUGUCUUAUUUUCAAAGCUUUGCCCAUUUCUUAUUGCAACUAAGGAACCAAAGAAACAAUACAAGUUUGCAGUUUUUAUGUUGGACCAACUACCUCAGGAGUUUAAAGAACAAUCCACUGUGAUAUUUUUGGGACUAGAAACUUUUGAUCCUGAGUCUAGUCCAUGGUUUGCAAUUGAGCUAAAAGAUAUGAGCUCUUCAUUUGCAAAUACUCAUUUUCCUGAUGGUAACUUUGUGCCUGCAUUUCCAACAACAUUGCAAAUGAGAGAAAGUGAUGCAGGCAUGUUUGCUGAAGCACAUUCCAUCUUAAGCUGGCUUGAUCGUUACAAAUAUUGCCCAGUUUGUGGGAGUGCACAAAGCAUCACAGAAGGUGGCUACAAGCAAGUCUGUAGUAAUACAGAUUGUCUAAGUCAUAAAGGAGUCAGUAACACCUGUUACCCAAGAGUGGAUCCUUCGCUUAUUAUGCUAGUUGUGUCCCCUGACAACAAACAGUGCUUGCUUGGUCGACAGAAUAGGUUCCCACCUAAGAUGUUUUCAUGUCUUGCUGGAUUUAUGGAGCCUGGAGAAUCAAUUGAAGACACAUGCAGACGUGAGAUUGAAGAAGAAAGUGGUGUCAAAGUUGGCAGAGUCGAAUACCAUUCCAGUCAACCAUGGCCUUUCCCAGCAACUUUGAUGUUAGGCUGUAUAGCACAUGCUAGAACUGAUACUAUCAAGAUUGAUAAAGAGGAAUUGGAAGAAGUUCGAUGGUUUUCUCGAUCGGAAACAUCUCAGAUGUUGGCUAAUCAACAUCCUGAUGGCCUAUUUCUACCACCAAGACAAGCUAUAGCUCAUCAGUUAAUUAGAUCAUGGAUUACAAGUUGUUCAUCAAAUUUAUAACUUUAGUUUAUAAUCUUUGUAGAUCCAAUUUAAAUAUAUUUUUAAUUUACUUCACAUUUAAAAUGUAUAUAUAUUUAGAGAUGUAUGCAUUAUUAAACACGUUUCAGUUAAUUUCCCCACAAAACAAAAAAAAUUAAAUGAAUAUUGGAUUGCCCUAGAAGUGGAAAAUAUAAUUAUAGUUAUAGUGGCUUAUAGCACUUCUUUAUACAAGAUAUGAUGUAAUGGAAACUUGUAUUACAAAUUUUAUGAAAAUAGAAAUUAAACAAGAAAGUGGUAUAAGAU